AAUUCUUGCAAAAAAAGCAGUGUCUACUUUUAUUAACAAGUCAAAACUCGUCUGUCAUUCGAAUUUCAUUCAAAAUUCUUAUUUUGACAAAACAUUGAACAAAUAAAAUGCGAGUCCGCAGAGAAUUCUUCAUCAAAUCAUUGUGUUCUUCUCAAAGUAAAAACAUUUUCUAAUUUUGAAAUAGUUUGAAAUUCCAUUGCCACAACUGUACUCAAUAAAACAUUUAUACCUUUGUCCUCAGUUUUAUAUGCUUUUACCCAGCAAUAUUCUGAAAACCCACCCAGCAAAACGAAAUACACACAAACCCAUACAUAAAACACACACACACACAUACAGAAAAAUCUAUACAACCACUACUACUAAACCGCUAUAACCCAAAACCCAACUCUUCAAAUUUCAAGCAACCUCUAUAAUAUACACAUAUACAAUCUAACUAUAUUUAUACACCAUCCCAACAAUAUUGCCUUAUGUAAGCGUUGCGGAUGUUUUUUUUUUUUUUUUGUAUUUUUGUUUUUGUGUAUUCUUGUAUGUCUUGUGUAUUGUUCUCUUUCUCUCUCUCUCUCACUUCUGAUGAGACAGGGUGCUUCGGUUAAGGUUUUUCACAUUAUUUCUCGCAUACAAUUUUGUGUUUUGGGAAAUUUGUGUAUUUUUCUACCUCUUCUACAUUUUGAAUCUCACUUCUUUUAUUAUCGCAUUGGACAUCGACGUGGUGCGUCGUUACUGUGUGUUUCUGUGCCGUUCAUAUAUAAAAAUUUUUCGUUCGAUUUACGAAAUAUUUUUUUGCGGCAAUGGAAUUAUAAAGCAGCAGCAAGAGAGAGAGUCGAGUGUGUGUCAUUGAUAAAAAAGACGACGACGAAAUAUUAUAAAGCGGGAAAUCAAAUUGGAAGCAAGUGUGUUCUUGGCUAAUACUCAAUAGCGUAGCAUACACUAUAUUUUGACAUUUCUCUAAAAAAGACAAGUGACAGUUUGAAUGACUUUUUUUUUGUUUUAAAAUUUGUGUGUAAAAGAUGUCAAAUUUGUUUACAAUUUUGUGAUAUAUUUUUUUUUAUGUUGAAAAAAAUAUAAAGUUUUUUAAGUGAAACUUAAAAAAUUCUAUUAAGCUGUUAAAUAUACAAUGUGUACUGAGAUUAAUUCAGCAAUGGGUCUUCAAGCAACAGCCGCUACUAAGCGGAAACAUGAAAUAACAUUUGAUAGUAAAGAUGCUAAUACUUAUACUAAUUGUCCGCCACCAGUGAAGACUAGCAGAUGGUCGUCGAAUGCAGCAGCACAAACGACGACAACAACUACAACACCAACGAUAAACCAUAAUAAUAAUAAUACUAGUAGCAAUAAUUACAACAAUGAACCAUCAACAGUAGCACCAACAACAACAGCAACAACAAUUAUCUUGGGAAAUUCCUCUUCAACGAAUAGUAAUAGCUCCUCUGCACCGACAACAGCAACGGUAGCUGGAGCUGCAGCAGGACCAGGAGCAGCUACAACAACUGGAGCCAACUUAAUCAAGAACUCUGGUAACUGUGAUGAGAAUAAAGUUUUUAACAACGCUCCAUCUAUGCCAGCAACAGCGGCUGCAACGACGAGCAACGGUAAUCCGGUUACUACAGCAACAUCAAACUGUGCAACAUCUUCAGUAGCAUUAUCAUCAUCAUCAUCAGCAAGUGAAGAUAGUAUUGCAAAAUUAGAAGUUGUGGCAGCAGUGCCAUGUGAGCCAUGGCAUACUUCAGAGCCAGUAGAUUGUAUCUCCAAGUUGCAAGCGGUUGCGGUUCCUAGCGAUCCAUGGGGUAGUAUUUCCACACGUUCAACACUUGCCACAACACUUUUAAGCACCGAUGAGAUGGACGAUGAUGAUGACGAUUUCGAAGAUGACUACGAAGAAGAGGAAAGUAUCAUUCCAACAUAUUGCCCAUUGAGAUAUCACCCAUGUCCACCUGCAAGCAAUGGAAAUAAUGGUGCAAAUGGUCCUGCUGGAGGUGGCAACCCUGGCCCAGGAGCAGGAGGCAAUCCAGCUGCUAUGCAACGUAACUACUCUCCUGCCAAUGGUUAUAAUACCAGACCAAACUACUAUUCCGAACCCUUCCCACAACAAAACUGUUCGCGAACAGGUAAUCAACAUUUAAGAAUGGCGCCCAACGCAGGAUUUGCACCACAAUGGGGCAAUUCGGCGGCGCAAAGUCAAAAUGGAUUUUAUGUGCCCCCAGAGGCAGCUUAUCCACCUCCGCAACAGACAAUUCGAUGUGCUGAAAAUGGCAAAUCAUAUCUAGAACUUGGUUGUAGUCCGACAAGCUUUAGUAGCUUGUCAAAUCAAAAUGGUGUUAGCAGCAUGGUUAAUGGUGUAAAUGGCAAUAGCAAUGGAAUGGAUACUAGACAUCCAUUGAAACGAUGCUGUGAUGGUCGUGCUGGCACAUGGUGCAAUACGAAUAAGAAUUGUUACAAAGAUGUUCGACUGAAGAUUCGCAAUCUGUCCAUGUUCAAAUUGUCCCGCUUCCGUCAGGUUUCCGAGCAAUCACUAUACCGUUCGGUGCUUAUUUGCAAUACACUAAAAUACAUUGAUAGGGAGAUUGAAUCCGAAGCGAAGGAAAUGCAUCAGCAACAGCAGCAACAUCAUUUGAAUCACCCGCAUCAUCCGCAUCAAAGUCAUCUGCAUCACCAUGUGCCACAUCAUGGUAGCAAUCAUCAUCACCACCAUCAUAAUAGUCAUCAUCAUCAUCACCAACAACAGCAACAACAACAGCAGCAACAACAGCAUUUGCAACAUCAGCAAAACUUGCAACAUCAACAGCAGUCAAAUAAUGCUAAUGGUGAUUAUUCACCAGCGAUGGGUUGUGCGAGAGUAACAACUCUUGACUAUCACCAAAUACAACACCAGCAACAACAACAGCAGCAACAACAACACAACCAGUUCCAUAGUCAACAGCAAGCAGCUGACAACCGCAAUGGUGACUGUACGCAACAACAGUCCUCCUACAUGAAUGCCAUGUCAAAAUCUAGCCUUUUCCACAACCAGCCACAUCAGCAUCCGCAUCAACAACAUCCGCAACCACAACAACAGCAACAACAACAACAUCAUCAACAACUUCAACAUCCGCAUUGCAACAGCGGUGAUUCAUUGCAUCCCUACGAUCACUACCCAUUCCGGGAAUCACAGUCUGGCCGUGCAACACCCUUCCCAACCAUACCAAGUCCGGUUUCACCAACACCGGUGACGCCAGUUUCAAACACAACGACAACCAGUGAUAAUGACUCAGGCUAUGGUGAGGAUGACUCAAAUCGUUCCAUUAACUGGAGUUCCGUAUUAAGCCUGUCAUCUCAAUCGGCACUAGAUCCUCUGAACAAUAACGACUUAUUUACAAUCCUGCCACCUGCAACAUCAUCAACCAGUCCGCCAGCGGCAACGCCCGUCUCACUGAAUUCAUCGUCGGUUUCAAUAAGCGGCACUUUCACGGCGUCUUCAGUGCAAAGCAAUAACAAUAGUGGUUCAGUGUCCUCUACAUCGUCCUCCUUGACUAGUCCAUUAUCGAGUAGUACGCCCACAACUUUUACCACCCUCUCAACGAUAUCAUCGUCAACGUACUCUCUAACAUCUUCGUCAGCUUCAUCGUUUGCCUCAGCGGCGGCAGCAGCUGCUUCAACCUGGGAGUAUGGUUUCCUAGAUAUGGAUUUUGGCCUUGGGUCUGAAUUCACCGAAUUGGUGCCGUCAUGUAAACUAUCGUCAGAUGAUUUGUUUAAAAGUGUUUCACCAGUAUCGGCAUUGAGUGCGUCACGAUAUUCGUCCGUCCACGACAACGAACUGGAACAUCCGGCACAUAUAAUGGUUGGCAGUUAGUAUCAGUUGUAAGACUGAACUUUUUAAGUUACCUAAAUGAUGAACACAUACCCGCCCGCCCUAAAGCCUAAGUUCAAUAAUGCACAAUGCAAACGGCGAGUUCCAGUUCGCGCAAGAAAACAAAAAAACAUAUAGCUUUUGAACUGAACAAGUCAGUCCAAAUGGUUUCUACAAAAAAUAAUAAAGUUCAGCUGACAUUUGUUGCGGUGACCUGAAAAACCAUUUUUUGACAGCAACUCAACUGUCAUUCAACACAAACAAAAAAUGAUAAAAACUAUUGUUCAAUCAAUACAAAAAAAUUGUAAUAUUGCUCAGGUUGUGAAAAACUUAAAAAAACAAAAAAAAAAAAUGAUAAAAAAAGAUGUUAACUUCGAUUUUAACGAAGUUUAACUUCAAAUUGAUAUUUUUUUUCUGUUUAGCAUUGUCUUUCUGUACAACUUUCUUCUGCUUUUUUUUAAUGGAAAAAGUAUUAAUAAAAAAAAACUAAAUUUAAUCACGAGUAUUAUCUACAAAAAAGAAUUCCUUUUUUUUUCACUUAAAUGCGAUAGCAAUAUAAUUUUUAAGUUUAAACAAAAAUUUCCAAAAUCUUGUCUGUAUAUCCUCACUUGAUUGCAAGAGAUAAUUAUGUAAAAUAAAAACUAAAAGUCCAUUCUCUUUUUUCUAUCAACAAACAAAAUACACACAAAUGCUAAACAAGAAGAAUAAAAGAAGAACAAAAAAAAAAUAAAAACAAAUUUCAAUUAAAAUUUAUGUAAAACUUAAAAAACUAUGUCUGUAAUUAUACAAAACAAAAACAAUUUAAAGCAAAAAGCAUUGUAAAUAGAACAAAAUAAAACUUAAUAAAAAAAGCCCAUUAAGAUGAUAUAGCUAAAUUUUUAAUAAUUGU